GAAAGAAAGAAAAAAAAACUUCAACCUUGGCUUUCGUUCCAGAAGAAAAAAAAAGAAGAAGCUGAUUUCGAAAUUGAAUCUCAUCUCGAUUUGUGUUUGAAAUUUAAAUAAUGGCUCAAGCGGUAGAAGAAUGGUAUAAGCAGAUGCCGAUAAUAACAAGGUCGUAUUUGACGGCGGCUGUAGUCACCACCGUAGGAUGUUCCCUAGAGAUAAUAUCACCGUAUAAUCUGUACCUGAAUCCAACCCUUGUGGUGAAGCAGUACCAGUUAUGGCGCCUCGUUACUAAUUUUCUUUAUUUCCGGAAUAUGGAUUUGGACUUCUUGUUCCAUAUGUUUUUUCUAGCAAGAUACUGCAAACUCCUGGAAGAAAACUCCUUCAGGGGAAAGACUGCUGAUUUCCUUUACAUGCUCUUAUUCGGUGCAACUGUGCUAACCGGUAUUGUUCUCAUUGGCGGAACUAUACCUUACUUGUCUGUCUCACUCUCAAAGAUCAUUUUCCUCAGCAACUCGUUGACUUUCAUGAUGGUGUAUGUAUGGAGCAAACAGAAUCCUUACGUCCACAUGAGUUUCCUUGGCCUUUUCACUUUUACAGCAGCCUAUUUACCAUGGGUGCUUCUUGGAUUCUCUGUUCUUGUUGGUGCAAGUCCAUGGGGGGAUUUACUGGGAAUGAUAGCAGGUCACGCGUAUUACUUCUUGGCAUUUGUGUAUCCACGAAUGACUGAUCGACGCCCCUUGAAGACUCCAUCUUUCCUCAAAGCCCUUUUCGCUGAUGAGCCUGUAGUGAUUGCACGGCCAGAAGAUGUGAGGUUUGCUCCUGCCCCUUUUGAUGAAAUCCACCAAGACUGAAAUCUUCAUCUUCCCAAGGGCACAUUGUGUACACAUUCAUUGCUUUAUGGUUGUGGAUAAUGUGGACGGUUUUGUUAGUUUUUUUCCCUUGUCUGAGUUAUGUGUUUAUCUCUUUGUGCAUAAAUGAACAAAACCUGUGUACAAAAAAAUUCCUAAAAUGCUAGUUUAUAAUAGUCAUUUCAUUAGAUCAUUAGACAAUGUCUUACAGUGAGACAAACAAAACCAGUUAAAGCAAACUGAUAAAGUCUGAAAGAUUCUGGUUUUUUUUUUUUUU